UGCAACGCCACUGCGCAUGCGCACAACGUGCAGUCCAGCGUCAUGGCUCCGUGCGGGGAGGUAUUGUGCUGGGAGAAACAUCUGAAAGCCCCAUUCAUCAGUACACGGUUACGGAUGGGCAUCAGUUGUUGAAUUCAGGAUGAACGACAUGAACCUGAGUCCUGUGGGCAUGGACCAGCUCACCGUGCCCUCGGUGAGUGCCAGCCACCUGGGUCUGCCCACCUCCCCGACACACAACCCCAUUCCCACUCAAGGCAUGUCAGUGGCCAUCCCCAGCCUGGGUCCUUCCCUGGGCUCCCUUCCCUCUGCCCUCUCGCUGAUGCUCCCCAUGGGUCCACUGAGUGACAGAGGAGUGAUGUGCGGCCUGCCAGAGAGGAACUACUCUUUGCCACCACCUCCGUACCCCCACCUGGAGAGCAGCUACUUCCGACACAUAUUGCCAGGUAUCCUGUCAUAUCUGGCAGACCGUCCACCACCUCAAUACAUCCAUCCCAGCAGCCUUAACAUGGAUGGGACCCUGUCGGUGGCCAGCAACAAUCCCUCAGGUCUUGAUCCCUACAGUGGCCCUGGAGGCCCGCUGGAGCAGGGCCUGGUGCCCAUGGACUCAAGACAGGUGAGUGGCCAGGGAGACCUCCACCAGACUGGUGCUCAUGAGCUGGACUCAACAGGAUUGGCCAUGGAGUCACGUGUCAGCAGCCCCAUGUCCCCUGACCGGAUGGGAGAGGAACUGGCCACCAUGGACGGGGUCGGGGUGGUUGUAGUGUCUGACACCCAGCAACAGCUCGGAGGGGGAAGGCAGCCUCAGCAGCAUGAGGGAUUGACUGGGGUGGACUCAUCUGGUGGGGUGAUGCCCCUCCAUGGACCCCCUGUUCUAGAACUACCGGUGGUGAUGGAGCAGGAUCAUAUGGGGGGCAGAGUGGGGAACUCUGGGGGAGGAGGAGCAGGAGGACUCGGGGAGCAGCUCCACUCAAAUGGGGAGCUGAACUCCGGCGUUGUCAGUGUGGUGCUCACUGGCUCCAUGGCCAGCCAGGGCCAACUGGAGCCGGUGUCGCUCCAUGGGCACUCUGGGAUGGGACUAGAGGCAGUGAAUGUGUCCCCCAUCACUGCAGAAGUGUCGCUUGGGCCAGAAAACAACCUGGUGCUUGUCAACUCCACCCUACAGCUAGAGGAUUCAAACUCCAACAAGGAGAACAUGGUCACUGCCUACACCAUCUGGUGCACACUGUGUGAGCGCUCAUAUACCUCAGACUGUCCAGAGCAUGGCCCGGUCACCUUCAUCCCUGACACGCCUAUCCAAAGCCGGGCUCGCCUCUCUCUGCCGCGUCAACUGUGCCUGCGCAUCUCAGUAGCUGACGAACCGCUUGGAGUUUUUGCACGGGAUGUCAUUCCUCAAAGAACCUGCUUUGGACCAAUGGUGGGCCAGCACUGUAGCAAUGUGGACCUCUCUGAUUGGCCAGAUAAAGACACACCUCAAAUAUGGAAGAUGUAUCACAACAAUGUGCUGGAAUUCUACAUCGUGACAACGGAUGAGAAUGAGUGCAACUGGAUGAUGUUUGUCCGCAAAGCAAGAACACGUGAGGAACCGAACCUGGUGGCGUACCCUGCCAACGGUAAACUGUUCUUCUGUACAACCACAGAGAUCCACCCAGACCAGCAGCUGCUCUUCUAUUACAGCCGAGACUACUGCAGGCUGAUGGGUGUUCCGCAGGUCCCUGAGGGCCAGAUCUGCCAUUGUGGCAAAGAGUGCUCCUCCUUCUCUGAGCUCAAGUCUCAUCUUGAUAGCCAUAACAGUAACCACAGCCAUAACCAACCUCCACACAGCCACAGUCCAUCACAGCAGGACCACUCACAGCAACAGCAACAACCACAGCAGCAGCAGCAGCAAGAGCAACAACCACAGCAACAACAACACACUCACCGGGAAGAGAAGCUUACCAAUGGGACCUCAAGCUCCUCCUCUUCCCCAUGGCCCUGCCACACUCACGCUGCGGGACAAACAAACAGUGAUAACAAUAGCAGCAGUGCCAGCAGUAAUAGAAACUCUAAUAAUGUUAUCUCCAGAGCAAAAGGUCAGGGUCAUGUACGGGAGAAGAAAUUCAAAUGCAGCAUGUGUUCCCGGGCUUUUCUCACAUCCACAAAGCUCAACGUGCACUUCAUGGGGCACGUGGGGAUGAAACCUCACAAGUGUGAAUACUGCAGUAAGGCCUUCAGUGACCCCAGCAACCUCAGGAUGCACCUCAAGAUUCACACAGGUCAGAAAAACUACAGAUGCACAGUGUGCGAGAAGUUGUUUACCCAGAAAUCCCAUGUGGCAUCGCAUAUGCUCAUCCACACCGGUGCAGAGAAGCUCAAGUGUGACCUCUGUGACCGAGCAUUCAUCAGGAAACAUGACCUGAAACAACACAUGUUCUCUCACACACAUGAGCGCCGCAUACAGUGCCCAAAGUGCAACAAACACUUCCUCAAGACCAACCACCUGAAGAAGCACAUGAACUCUCACGAAGGCCGAAGAGACUUUGUCUGUGAGAAAUGCCACAAAGCUUUCCUCACCAAAUACCACCUCACCCGUCACCUCAAGAUAUGCAAAGGGCCCAAGACGGAACGAGCGUCUCGUAAGGAGCGGGAACUAGAUGAGGAAGAGGAUGAAGACGAGGAGGAAGAGGAGGAGGAGGAGGAGGAGGAGGAUGAUGGUACAGGAAGAGGAGGAGAAAGACUUGUAGACUCAGCCAGCAAUGAAGACUGUGGAUUAGAUGUUGGAGGAUAUAACUCUGAAAAGUCCCUGUCACCCCCUCAUUGACAACACUGUGCCUUUUGAGAUGUCUUGUUUAUUUAUAUGCAUUACUACAGUAAUACUGUUUACCUCCAGUUUAUACCAAUUACCAGUUACUUUGUCAAAUUUGGUUUGCAACUUUUUGCAUUUCAUCCAUUCCAUUAUAUUAUCAUGUCGAUGUUGUUCUUUCGGUCACUCACUACCCAAAGCUCUUGAUCAUAGGUGAGGGUAGGAAUGUAGGUGGACUGGUAAACCGAGAUCUUUGCCUUUCGGCUCAGCUCCCUCUCCACUACAACAGUCUGGUGCAACACCCAUAUCACUGAUGAUGCUGCAUCAAACUGCCUGUCCAUCUCACGCUCAAUUUUAUCCCUUACUUGUGAUAAGGACUAAAGUCCAGCCUCUUUCCAGGAGUUUUGUUCCUGACCCACAGCUAUGCGUAGAGGUGAGCCCAACUAUGUCCAGUUGAUACCGUUCUUUCUCCAACACCAGUCCCGGUAUCUUCACCCAAGAGAGGUCAUGUUCCUCGUCCCUAGAGCCAGUCUGCGAUGCCAGGGGUCGACAUGCCUAGGUCUCUGCCUUUUCCUGCUGCCUGGAUCACAAUGCACCUGACACUUAAGCCUAUCUCUGCGAUGCCAUGAGCCCACAGGGUCACAGGGACACACAAACCCCUCCACCAUGUUACUGUGGUAAUUCAUCCGAUUGCAUAGUCAAUACUUUUUAAUUGCCACAGUUUACAUUUUCAGAAUUUUACAAUAAAACAUAAUAUUAAGUCUCGCCCAAGCAUAUCUGUGCUGGUGAAAUAAUCUCUGUCAUAUUAUAAGACAACUCAUCAAGAUCUGACUUAAUUUCUACAAAACUCUAAUAAGUUAAAUUGGUUGAUGGGAUCCAUAUAAGCUAACAUGCAUUCUAUGUUAUUCAGACUACUUGUUUUUUGUGUCACUCAAUAACAUGGGAUGAAUGGUUGAUAUUCAUUUGUAGUUGCACAACAAUGUCAAUUAAACUUUCUGAUGCCAUAUUCUUGCGUAUAAAUCCGGAUAUGUAAAUGGCCUUGGCCAUUCUUAAUUUAUUAAAACCAGGUUUUGUACUCUUUUCUUUUUUUAAUAUUAUUUCUGUGUGAAUGGAAGUGAGCCUCUUUGUGAUAUGUCUCAUUGUGUGAAUGUUGACUUAAUGUUAUAAUUAUAUUAUUUAUGUUGUCGCUCCGUCAA